GUUGGGUUGCUGUGGCGCGUGACUUCAGGAUAAUUCCACAUCAAAUAUUUACUGUCGAUAAUGAAGUCCAAGAUUAUCACCAUCAAACAGUAUGACGGCUCGAAUCAUUUGCCAUCCGCUUUUGGGUCAAACUACAGUGAUUACGGGAAAUCAUGUAAGAUUACUACUUGUAUACAGAAGCAAAAGCUCAACUUAUAUAGGUUGAUGUUACUGUUGCAUUAUCUCCACACGAAUGGGAUGGUGAAGAGACCACUUGGGAGGUGGCAUUAUGGUAUGGCACGAAAGAUAUGACUUGGAAACAGCUUGAAUUGAUACCAGUUCACGAUGGUAUCCCGAUAGUAAGUACACCAGCUAAACACUAUGGGUUGAUCAUGGAUUGACAGAAAGAUAAGCUUGCUGUUGACUCUCAAGGUCCAGUUCUGUUCUUUUCAAACACUUUGAAGCAGCAAUCCAUGGAGGAAGAUGUAGUUUGCUGUACCUUAAAGUAUAGAAAAAUAGGAGAUUCGACAUGGAAAUGGGUGAAUGAUGAUCCCAAUCCUGUUGGGGAUGCGGAAAUUAUCUUUCAGAAAUCAUCAUCCAUCAUACCACUACCAUCCAUGGAAGAAUACAUCCCCAACCUACCAAAAUCUGUUAAUAUCAAUUUCUACGGACUGCACGAAAAGUCUAAAUCACCCGUAUGGACUCUCGCUUAUCCAAUCGCCGCUUCCAUGGCUCUAGCCACCGAAUCAAGCGUUGAACGGAUCGACGUUGGAAUUCCCACAGAUAUGGUCAGAUACUUUGCUCUCGUCAAACGAAUGGAUUUCUGGUUAGUACCUCGUCAUGGAAGAUAUAAAUUCCAGCUGGGCGAAGAUAAUUGUCAAUUCUAUUCUGAAAAUGUCGAAUCAAAGUUAGAAGAAGCUAUUCUUUUAUCAUUUUUGAGAAGUGAUGGGACGCAUUUUGUGAUGCUUGCAUUGAGUAUGGAUGGAGUUGAAAUGACUCUCACAUCUGGUAAAGAUGGAGGGAUUGUUUUAAUAGGCAAAAAUGAGGGAGAAGAGAAAAGUGAGGGAAUUGUCAUUUGUGUCGUGGGUAAAACUGUAGAAGAUGGUAUAGCGGCUACAAUGGACCAUGCUAAACGAAUCAUUCGAGAAAGCUUGAAACUAGGGUCAGUUGUUGAUCAAAGUUUUGAUCGACAUGAAGUAAUUCAGGAGCCUCAACAUAAGAAAAGCUUUCAUGAUGAGCUGGUCUACUGUACGUGGAACUCUCUAGGUCCCACCUUGACAUCGACUACUCUCUUUUCUGCACUUGAAGAUCUUAGGACAUCCUCUAUCUAUCCAUCUACGAUCAUAAUAGAUGACGGGUGGCAAUCCAUAAAGCCAUUUGGCUCAGAAACCUUUCCCAUUCAGCAUCGUUGGUCAAGAUUCGAAGCUUCAUCUAUAUCCUUUCCAGAAGGUCUCACCAAUCUCUCACUUAGAAUCAGGAAUUUGUAUCCAUGGAUUAAAAAUAUCGGUAUUUGGCACGGCAUCUUUGGCUAUUGGGGUGGUAUCGACCCAGAAGAUGAAAUUGGUAGAAAUUAUAAGCUGAGAUGGGUGGAGAUAAACAAUCAUCAUCGGAGUGGAAUGUGGAUUAUUGAUGCUUGUGAUGUGAGGAGAUUUUACGAUGACUUUUACUCGUGAGUGCUAAUUCCAGUUAUUUUUCGUAAUUCACAAUACUAAUGAUAUAGAUUUCUCGUCAGUUGUGGUAUAAAUGCUGUGAAGUUGGAUACUCAAGGAUUAUUGAACGAUCUCAAAAAUCCGAAAGAUAGGAGAGAGUUAAUACCCGCAUACCAAGAUGCCAUCUACGCAAGCUUAAUUUCUCAUUUCGAAGAUAGGGUUAUAUCAUGCAUGUCGCAAUACCCAUCCAACAUCUUCUCGCCUCAAUUACUACUAUCUUCAUCAGGGCAUACUUCACGAAAAAUAGCCAUGCGUAAUUCGGAUGACUUCUGGCCCAAUGAUCCAACUGCUCAUCCUUGGUACGUUAUCUCCUUUUACUUGGUCUCGCCUACCUCAUCCUCUAACACCAAUCCCACCUGACCAUACUCACUCCAAAGCCAACCAUUUAAAAAAAAUCUAGGCAUAUCCACACCAACUCCCACACCUCACACCUAACCACGCAUCUUGAAAACAUCGUCCUAGAUUGGGAUAUGUUUCAAACUUCCUCCUGCGAUACCACUCCAUUUUCAUCCCCAGACUACUCUUCCUACCACGCCGCCGCGCGCUCACUCUCAGGUGGUCUCGUAUCCAUAACCGAUACUCCGGGCCAUCACAACACUUCACUCCUCUCUCGCCUCUCCUGUCCCCCCUUCAAAAAUAUCGCCUCCACUGAGCCAACACCACCUAUAAUUCUCCGUGUUAACCCCGGAAAAUCCACAGACGUAUACAGCGACAACAAAGCCCAUCGAAUAUUAAAAAUACGUACCUCCACCAUCGAAACCGGUGUUAGGAUACUGGGGUUAUUCAAUCCGCUUUCACAUGGCUCUACAGCCGAGAUCAUUGGACUCGAAGAAUUUUUCCCAUCUUCUCAUUCCGACUCCCAUGAAGAAAACGAUGCAAAUACAGAAUACAUAGUCCACACCUCCACCACCAACAAACUAUCUCCACCUAUUUCCCUCAAAACCUUCAAGACUACCGCUAGUAAAUUCUUAAUCACAUUACCAUCGCAUGGAUAUGAGAUACUUACUGCGUGUCGAAUCCACCGUAUACCUAUACCCAACCCUCUUCCUCCUCCUCUUUCACGCAAUCCCAAUACGAAUGAUAAUAUCAACACCGACUCCAUCCUCCACAACCACGAAGAUGAAAAUUCAAUAAAAAUAGCAAUCCUAGGUAUACUAAACAAAUUCACAGCCGCAGCCGCUAUCAAAGAUACUUCAAUUUCAACAUCAAUAUCAACCUCUCCUCUCACGCAGAAAACUCCAAAUCCAUCCUCACAACCACAGCUACAACCACCAAAAACCCCCGUAAAAUAAAACAAAAUAAAUCUCAAGAUGCAAGGAGUCGGUAUACUAAGUCUUUAUAUAUCCUCCUCUUCCCAUACCCCCUCUCCCUCCCACUCCCUCUCUUCUCCUCAUCCCACAAAUAAAACCCCAAAAACAAACCCACCAGAAAUCUCCCCUCCCCUCCCCUCCCCUCACCCAUCCCAUCAACCCUCCAAAUCAACAGAUUUGAUUUCUCACAUUAUAUAACCUCACAUUAUACUAUAGAGGAUAUAUCUUAUCCUCAUUCCCAUACCAAUUCCCAUUUUUAUUCCCAUUCACAUUCACAUUCAUACUUCAAUUCUUAUCUCCCAUGUCAAGAUCAAAAUCAAGAUCAAAAUCAAAAUCAGAAGAGAAAUAAAAAUGGAGACCAAAAUCAGAUACAGGCGUAUAUAAUAUCUAUUGAUUUACCUGGGAUAUUGGAGAUAGGAUGUGGGGGUUUGGGGGUAGAUUUUGAAUCUAUGAGUGAUGAUAUAUUAGUAGAGG